GUGAGAAGAGGGAAGAUGGGCUGUCUUCUUCAUUGCAAACAAAAGUGACCCAAGAAAAGCAAUGUUGGAAAACAGUUCAUUGUGUACUUGAACAAUGGGUGGACACAAGAAAGAGGAUAGAAGCAAGAAAAGGGGAUGUGGAAGCAUCUGAUUGUUAUAGUCUGGGCUAUACAAGAAGUCAAACUGCAUUGUAAGGGGUUAUUUCUGGCCUUCUGUUUUGAAAGCAAAGACUACUUUAAGGGUGUUAGACUUUAAAAUAAACUGCCAUGCUUGUAUUUUUUUUUUUAGGAGACAAAAAUCAAAGUGUGAGUUAAAUGACUAGAUGUGGGAUUUUUUUUUUUUUGCUUCCUGUUUGUCAGGGUGUUCACGUUUUUUAAAUUCUUUUUAGUACUGUUCAGUUUAACUUACCUGAUUUUCUAAUGUAUUUGGUGGGUUAAUUUUUGGUGUAAUGCGAUUCUGAAUUAUUCCCUUACAGGCAAGGAAGAUACUGUGUUGUUAUCCAGUUGUCAUAGUUGAGUUCACUCUACAAAUCUGCAAGAUUCCUACUGGAGUGAAAGUGUCAGUUGUGAUAAUGACAACUGAAGUUGGUUCAGAGACCGAAGUAAAGAAAGAUUCUGAGCAGCUGGGACCAGACAAAGCCAAGGACAAGCCUGAAGAAGCAUCAGAGACUCCAGGAGAUCAAAAGUCCAGGGAAACAUCCUCUGGAGAAGCUCAAGAUUCUUCUGUCCCAGCACCAACUAGCCAAAGUAGUCCAAGCAGCCAGAAGAAGGAAAAAUCCUCACCUGAAAGCAAGGGUAUUUCUCGUUUCCUUCCCCCUUGGCUUAAGAAACAGAAGUCAUACACCUUGGCAGAGCCCAAAGAUGAGCCCAAGAAAAGGGCCACAGGGGAAGAGCAAGUAGUUGAAGAAAGUGAAAGCCAGGCACUAGAGGGGGUGGCUCAGCCAAGAAAGAGCUUGGAAGAAGCAGCUGAAAACCGGGAGAAUGCUAAAGCAGAUGACAAAGAAAAACACUCCGUUAGUAGUGCUGAAAUACAGGUACGUGAGCUUCUAAACAAAGAAGAUGCAGAGAAAAAGGAAGAAAAACAAGAAGAAAAAGAAAAUAGGGAGACAAAAGAAGUGCAGACAGCUGAAAUUAAAGUAGAUAACAUUCCUCAGAAGUCUCCAAAGAAAAUCAAAACUGUGCAGUGUAAGGUGAUGCUUCUGGAUGGCACGGAAUACAGCUGUGACCUAGAGAAAAGAGCAAAAGGACAAGUGCUGUUUGAUAAAGUAUGUGAACACCUCAAUUUACUGGAAAAGGACUAUUUUGGGCUGUUGUUUUAUGAGAAUUCAGAACAGAAGAACUGGCUAGAUUCUUCAAAGGAAAUUAAGAGACAAAUUCGAAGUUUACCUUGGAUAUUCACCUUUAAUGUGAAGUUUUAUCCUCCUGAUCCGUCACAGUUGACUGAAGACAUCACUAGGUAUUUCUUGUGCCUACAGCUUCGCCAGGAUAUUGCAUCUGGCCGACUGCCCUGUUCAUUUGUGACUCACGCCCUCCUUGGUUCAUAUACCCUGCAGGCUGAGCUGGGUGAUCAUGACCCAGAGGAGCACCGAAGUGAUUAUAUCAGUGAAUUCCAGUUUGCACCCAAUCAGACUCAAGAAAUGGAAGAGAAAGUGGCUGAGCUACACAAAACACACAGGGGCUUGACUCCAGCACAGGCGGAUUCCCAGUUCCUAGAAAAUGCUAAGAGACUCUCCAUGUAUGGGGUGGAUUUACAUCAUGCCAAGGAUUCUGAAGGUGUGGAUAUCAUGCUGGGUGUGUGUGCUAAUGGUCUGCUGAUUUACAAAGACAGACUCCGGAUCAACCGCUUCGCUUGGCCAAAAAUUCUGAAGAUUUCCUACAAGCGAAGUAAUUUCUACAUCAAAGUCAGGCCAGCAGAACUGGAACAGUUUGAGAGCACUAUUGGGUUCAAACUGCCAAACCAUCGGGCUGCUAAAAGGUUAUGGAAGGUUUGUGUGGAGCAUCAUACUUUCUUCAGACUUGUAUCACCAGAACAGCCUCCAAAAGCAAAGUUUCUGACCUUGGGUUCCAAGUUUCGCUACAGUGGCCGUACGCAGGCACAGACACGACAGGCCAGCAACCUCAUAGACAGACCAGCUCCGUACUUCGAACGCACUUCCAGCAAACGUGUCUCCAGAAGCCUUGAUGGAGCUCCCAUGGGUAUUUCAGACCAAAGUCUUCUAAGAGACUUCUCUGCUACUGGAGGGCAGGCUGCUGGAGAUAAAAUCAUUGACCUUGAAGCUGCUGGUCAGGCCAAGUUAAAAGAAGGUGGCAGAGAAGAAGAUGAAAGUCCACUGAAAACUCCACAAUUAGAAUUGACUCAGGAUGGAAAGAUCAGUUCCUUGAGAGUAGACGGGGAAAAUAUUUAUGUCAGACAUAGCAAUUUAAUGUUGGAGGACCUGGAUAAGACCCAGGACGACUUACUGAAACACCAGGCUAGCAUUAGUGAGCUCAAGCGCAAUUUCAUGGAAUCCACACCUGAACCACGCCCAAAUGAGUGGGAAAAGCGGCGUAUCACACCUCUGUCCCUACAGACACAAGGGAAAAAAGGAGACUACAUUUUCCAAGUGAAAACACUGCCUGGGAAGGAGAAACAAUGGAUUGCAAUGCCAUGGAUUGCUGCAGCAAAACCAGAGGAAACCGAUAAGAGACAUGCUUCCAGAGCAGAAGGGCCUUGUACUGGAGUCAACGAUGCUGAUAAGAGUUCACAUGAGACUCUGGACAUAGUGGAGGAGAAGAAGCAGGCAGAGUUUGGGAUAGAAGAAACACUAGUCGUAGACGAAACCAACAAAGGGAAAAUGCAAGUUACCACUGAUGCUGGGGAGACACGUAAGGUGGAGCACGUUUCAAAAAAGGACUCUUCAUCAUUGCCAUCAGAUAGUAGCAGCAGCAGCAGUAGUAGUGAGAGUGAGGAUGAAGAGGUGGGAGAAUACCUGCCACAUCAUAGGGCAAUUGAGGAAGUCAUCAGGGAAGAACAGGAAGAAGAGGAAGACAUGAAAAGGAAAGAACAUGAAGAAAAUAUGCAGCGUGUGGAAGCUAUACCAGAAGUCAGUAAACUAAAUGUACCAGUUGAGCACACACAAGUUACAGCUGAAGAUUUGGUCCAGGAAAAUACAGUUACUGUAGCUACAGAAGAGAAGAAUUUGUCAGAGCAAAUUAAGCAAGAUUUAGGUGAAGAAAAAGAGGAGGAACAGCUGAAACUCAAUGGAGAUGUGUCUCAUGUUGACAUUGAUGUUGCACCACAAUUAAUUUGUUGUUCUGAGCCUCCAGUAGUGAAAACAGAGAUGGUAACCAUUUCAGAUGCCACACAGAGAACUGAAAUCUCCACUAAAGAAAUUCCAAUUGUUCAAACAGAAACUAAAACUAUCACAUAUGAAUCUUCACAGCUUGAUGGCAAUGCUGUGGGUGAUACUGGCGUGCUGGUGAGUGCACAGACAAUUACAUCAGAGUCCAUUUCUACUACCACAACUACACACAUCACAAAGAUGGUAAAAGGUGGAGUAUCAGAAACGAGAAUUGAGAAGCGCAUUGUCAUUACUGGAGAUGCAGAUAUUGACCAUGAUGAGGCCCUGGCACAAGCAAUCAAAGAAGCCAAAGAACAGCACCCUGACAUGUCUGUGACAAGAGUGGUGGUGCACAAAGAAACUGAACUUGCUGAGGAAGAUGAAGAUUAGAAUCAAGAAUGCCCUCAAGCAGAUACUUUAGAAGUAAAAAUCAUCACUGACCACGGAGAACUGCAGACAUUCCAAGUCAUCAUGGCUCCACUGAAUCCACCAGGCCUAGCAACAAUGACCAGAUGUUCAUGACUCAAAUGCCAAUACCAAACUCCAUUUUAACAUCUUUGGUCUAUAUUCCCUUACAGUCUUUCUUGUUUAUUUUUAUA